AUGAAUUUUGAUCAUUCUUACAUUUUUCCAACAACAAACAUCUUUUAUUUAAAUAAGAAUGAAUGUUCAGAGAAAGGUGGCGUUUUAUCGAUUUGCGGUCGUUUUCUACAUGAAGAGUGCUUUGCGUGUGUCUCGUGCAAGAUUCAUCUUCUGCAACCGCAUCGAAUUCCAUUCCGAUUUUCUAACGAAACCCUCAUGUGUCUUGAUUGCUUUCAAAUCGCUUUUCAUCCCAAGUGUACAGGUUGUGGCUGUGUGGUUCGUGAGAGAGGAUAUGUGGCAAUGAACAAUUUGUGGCAUCGUCAGUGUUUCCGAUGUGCUCGAUGUCAACAAGUGAUGCCUGGUGAGUGUCUCGACUUUAACGAUGUGAACGGGGUUCCUUUCUGCACGGAUUGCUCGUUCAUCAUCCAACUUGAGGCAACGAUUCCGCCAAAAGAA